UUUUUUUUUCUAUAUAUGUUCAAUUUGAUGACCUUUGUUAUCAUACAAUGUUUACAAUGUUUAGACCUGGACAUCAAGGCUUAGUUUAUAAGUUCUUGAAGGAUGUUCCUCCAUAUAUCUUUUACAUUGUUGAAUAAAUCCUGUAACCAAUACCAUGAUAGAUUUUGGAAAAUUUUUCUUUUUAUGAUAAUGUACUCUUAGUGCUUUUUGAUAUUUAAUUAUGUAAAUAUGUUUUGAUUUUCGAUCACAAUCAGUAAAGUAGAAUAGUUUUUGAUCAGAUGUAACAUUUUUUUUUCCAUUUAAUCUUAAUAAAUCCAUAAAUUUUUCUGAUUUUGAAAGCUUCUCUCAGUUGCUCAAGGUGAUAAUGCACGUAAACAUCCUUUUGAAACUUUUUUUUAAAUUGAACAUUUUAUCAAUGUAACAUUUAAUUGACUUUCUCGAUAUCUUAAGCUUUUCUAGAUAACUCAGAGUUAAUUGGUGGUUUGUCUUUUUAUUAAUAAGUUUUUCAUAUGAAAAAGUUAACAUAAAUUUAGCUUUAAUGGUCAAUACCAACGUUCAACUUUUUUGCCAUUUAAAUGAUCUUUUCUUUUAAUUCUCACCACGUUAUUUUUAACUCUACUAAUGGUGGUUAUUAAAACUUUGAUUGAUUCUUUUUUUUAAAAAUUUCUUAAUCAUUCUAUACAAAUAUCCAAGUUGUACCAACAAUAAAAUACUUUCUUUAAAUUUUUUUUGCUUUUUUUUUUUGUCAAAAUGCUUUGUUUGCAUAAAUCUUUUUUUUUUUUUAUUUGUUAACUACUUUAAACAUGUUAUUAAAUUUUAAAUAAUAUCGUUAAGUAUUGUUUAGACAAAAGUAAUCAAGUUUCAAAAGUGUUUCCAUUUCAAUGACACAAGACUGUAUAUGAAUUAAUUAAAUUUAGUCAUCAGUAAUGACUGAAUAUUGUAAGAUUAGACAGAUAAAGAGCAAAAUGGCGAAUAACAGCAAAUUCUUGUCAAGAAGAUAAAACACAUCAAUUUAUGACAUUAAAAGCUUUAAAAAAAAUGACUGAUAAUUUACCAUAUUUUACUUCACCAAGUAAAUUACUAACUUUUGACUUUUCAGUAGAUGAUUUUGUUGCUGAUCCAAAUAAAAAUCUAAUCUCUGAAAUAACAUAUGUUGAACAGAUAGCUUUCACUCAAUCAAUAGAGACAGCAAUAGCGAUUUUUUUCAUGAAAGAAAUUUUGAACCUGAAGUAGCAGGUAAAUCUAGGAAAAAGAAACAAAAAGCAGAACAAAUGACUUCAAAAAGAUUUAGGAAUAAGAGUUUGAGAAUGCUAGGUCAUGAAUACACAGGUUUUAGAAAGACUUGUGGGGAAAAAUUUUUACAAGAUGCUGUAAGACCAGCGUGAAAACUUGAAGAGGCUUGUAAGUCAAACAAAUGCUUACAAAGUAAUAUGAUUAACUGCAAAAAGUUUACAGAAAGUGUAAGAUUGAAUAUUUUUAAAAAAUUUUGGGAGAUGAGCUGGAUAGCCAAGAAAAUCUACUAAAAGAAAAACUACUGAAAGGGCAAAUACAAGGUAAAGUGUUACUAAAGUCUAUUAUUUAAAAUUAGAUAACAACAAAAUGAGAGCAUGUUUGAAGACGUUUUUAAGAACACUGGGUAUUAAAGAGUGGACAGUUAGGUACUGGCUAGGAGAAAAAUCUAAUAGGGAUACAACAACAAAACGUAAUUAUAAUGCAUGGCCUUGCCAUUCUUUGAAAAAGUUAGUGCAAAUAUUUUAUUGUAUUUUAAUUGUAUCUAGAACCCAUAAUACAGUCUAAAUGUGAGCUCUAUUGUAUCUAUGUUAAAAAUGCUACAAAAAAAUGGACAGAGAGUGGCUUGCAGAAAACUUUUUGAAGAUAUUUUGAAAGAUGAAAACAUAGCUAUGUUUCAACCAAAGAAAGAUGCAUGUGAUCUAUAUUGUUCAUAUAAAACAGGAAAUAUUACAGAGCAAGAGUAUCUACAACAUGUAUCACGAAAAGAAUUAGCUAGACAGGAAAAAUCUUUUGACAAAAUAGCUGCGAAAAAUGGAACAAUUCACAUUACCACUGCUGAUUUACAAGCAGUGAAAAUAUGUCCAUACUUGAAAGUCAGUGCAUUGUAUUUUAAAACAAAACUGAUGGUUCAUAAUUUUACAAUAUACAAUCUUGGCACUAAUAAAGUAAAGUGUUAUUGGUUUGAUGAAACAACAACUGAUUUAAAGGCAUCAACUUACGCAUCACUUUCUGUUGAUUAUUUAAAUAAAUUAAUUUAUGAAUCCCCAAAAGAUGUCGUAAUUUUUACUGAUGGAUGUACAUCACAAAAUAGAAAUGCCAUUGUUUCGAACGCACUUCUGCAAUUGGCAAUGCAAAAAAAAGUAGUUAUCACACAAAAAUUUUUAGAAAAGGGUCAUACUCAAAUGGAGGUAGAUUCAGUUCAUUCGGUAAUAGAAAGAAAGUUAUAACACCAUGAAAUAUUUUUAUCUAGUCAAUACUCUUUAGUUACCAAGGAAGCUAGAUGCAAUCCAUCUCCAUAUGAGGUUGCAAUGGUAGACCAUACAUUUUUUAAAGAAUAUAGUAUUAAAAGCUACCUUAUUUAUAAUACAAUCCGUCCUGGAAGAGGUACUGGAGCAAAAUGUGUGGUUGAUAUCAGAGUUCUAAAAUACAAUCCCAAUGGUCCAAUAAAUUUCAAACUAAGUUACGAUGAAUAAUUUAAACAAUUACCACAAAGACCAAAAAAGGUUCAACCAGUGAUACCACCACAACUCUUUACUGAAAGAUUGCCAAUCUCAAAAUCAAUAUAUGAACAUUUACAACAGUUAAAAAGUGUUAAACCCAAGGAUUGCCAUGAAUUUUAUGACAACUUACCUUACAAAAAUAAUUUUCUUUUAUUCUGUUAAACUAUAACUGCAAUAACAGUUGUUAUUUUUUGAGUAGUUAAAACAGUUCUUAUACUUUUUUGAUGUUUCAGUUCUUUUUGUAAUA